CUCCCGGGCCCCACCUUCCGGCAGCCCGACCGGCCGCGGGGCGGGGCGACGAGAUCUCGCGAGCUUGCGGGGCCGCCCGCGCCGGCGCCCAGCAUGGCGGACUCGUCGCAGCUGCAGAAGCGGGGCUCCUCGCGUUCCACGUGGGCUCGAGCCCGCAAGGCCCGGCCCCAGCUCCUCCUGAGCCGUCGGCCCCGCCGCCGGCUCCGGAUCCUGCGCUGGUGCGGCCGGAGGCGCCUGCGGCGGCGGCUGCUGCAGGCCCAGGCGGCCGGCGCCGACUGGCGGGCGGGCACCUGCCUGGUGUCGCGCGCGGGGGCGGCCCCGAGGCCCAAGACCGCAGCCCCCAGCCCGGCUCCCAGCCCGGCCCCCAGCGCGGCCUCGGACGAGGAACCUGCCCCGAGUGUCCCCGCGCCCCUCCCGAUCCCCCCGCUGCGGCCCGCCGGCCCCGGCCGUGCGUUGCUGCUGCUGCCGCGGGAUCAGGGUUUCACCUUCAGUGGCGUCUGCCGCGUGACCUGCCUUUACGGCCAGGUGCAGGUGCUGGGUUUUACCAUCGGCCAAGGCCAGCCUGCCCGAGAUGUCUUCUCCACCUAUACCCACUCUCGCCUCGCUAUCAACUCGGCUCACUACUCCAUGCCGGAGAAGAGCAAGAAGGAGAUGAAAAGGGAAGCCCGAGCCUUGCUCAGAGCUCAUCUUAACCGGGAUGACAGGUGCUGGCUGAUGAAGAACUUCUCCCCUCUGUGCUCCAUCGUGAUGCUGGAGAGGCUGAAGACCUCCACGGUGAACUUCAUAACCAGCCAUCCCGGGUUGUCCUGCGUUUUCCUGCAGGAGAGCCCCACCUUCCAGAUUAACACGGAGUACUUCGCCCUGAGGUCUGUCGGCAUCCGAAGGGAGAAGAGGAAAGCCGGCCUCCGUUUAACCGAGAGUGUCCUCGCCGCCCUGGAAGAGCUGGUGAACGUCUCCUGCGAGGAAGUGGACGGCUGUCCCGUCAUUCUGGUGUGUGGGUCGCAGGACGUCGGGAAGUCGACAUUUAACAGAUACCUGAUCAACCAGCUGUUAAAUAGCCUCCCCUGCGUGGACUACUUGGAGUGUGAUCUGGGGCAAACAGAGUUCACUCCGCCGGGGUGCAUCUCUCUGCUCAACAUCACGGAACCCGUGCUAGGACCGCCCUUCACCCACCAGAGGACACCCCAGAAAAUGGUGUACUUCGGGAAAUCCGCGUGUAAAAACAGCCACGAGAAUUACAUAGAGAUAAUAAAGUACGUGUUCAGCGCCUACAAGCGAGAGGCCCCACUCAUCAUCAACACCAUGGGCUGGGUGACAGACCAAGGGCUCUCGCUGCUCGUGGACCUGAUCCGACUGCUGGCGCCCAGCCACGUCGUGCAGUUCAGCUCCGCCCGCUGCAAGCCCAUGCCCGGCCUCACGCCCGACUACGUGGACGGCGUGGACGGCCUGUACACGCGGAGCAAGUCCAAGCGCAGGAGCCGAGGGUUCUUCCUGGCCGAGUUUGCCGAGAACCUGGAGUUCGGCGACGAAGACAAGGAGAGCCCAGUCGUCUUUCCCGGGCACAAGCUGAUGUGCGUCCAGUCGGACUUCGUGUUCCGGAAGACUCCGAGGAACAGAGAGUCUCACAACCGGGUGCUCCGGGACUUGGCGGUGCUGGGCUACCUCGGCCAGCUGCAGAAGCCGGUGCCGCGGCCACUGCACCCCCUCCACAGCCUGACCCCCUACCAGGUCCCUUUCAGCGCCGUCGCCCUCCGGGUCAUCCACUCCGACGUCGCGCCCACCCACGUGCUGUACGCCGUGAACGCCAGCUGGGUUGCCCUUUGCAAGAUCCUGGAUGACGUCAGGGGCUACGCAGAGGGGCCCAUCCUGCUCGCCCAGACUCCCGUCUGCGACUGUUUGGGGUUCGGGAUUUGUCGCGGGCUCGACAUGGAGAAGAGGCUGUACCACAUCCUCACGCCCCUGCCCCCGGAGGAGCUCCGGCACGUGAACUGCCUGCUGGUCGGGGCCAUCUCCAUCCCGCAGUGCGUGCUCAAGAGCCAGCCCGGGCCCGAGGGGACGAUCCCGUACAUCACAACGGAUUAUAACCUCAGAAUUCCCGGGGCAUCGGGGGAGAUCGGAGCACGAGAAACCGAGGAGACCGGCAGAGAGAAAGCACACCCCAAAACUAGGUUCUAUCGGAAGUCAAACUGAUGCGGGGAGUAAGGGAAGAAGGCGGACUCUGUGUCCAGCCCGACGUGGGCAGACUGGCGGGCUGGUGCGCCUGCGGCCGGCGCACUCACGUCCUGGGGUUUCCCGCCUGCGUAGCUCCUGGAAGUGCAUAGUCGUUCGAGUCCCUUCUUAAAGUGACCAGCUUUGCCCUGGUCUGCCGUGUGGCUCCUCACACGUGACGUUGUGUUUUCUGGAGAGACGAAGCAGACGGGAAAAGGCUGUGCACCACCGAAAUGAAGAAGACAGUCAGAUCCUCAGAAAUUCUUCCAGGGCCUGGCUGUUGGACUCUGGACAAAAACAGGGAGACCGGGGCUGCAGGAGCGUGCCCAGGAUGAAGACGGGCUGGGCGGCGGGGUCCAGGCGCACCGGGAAGCGGAGACGCCCCUUGGUCCUCGCCCUGUGACGGCUGGCGGGCGCGGGAGACCCCUGGAGGGGCCUACCUUGGGCGGGUCGCGGCCCCGCGGUUGUGCCCGCCCCCUGACCCUGUGAUGCCAUCCGGCUGCUCUCCUGUCCCUGUGGGUCGGGUGUGGAAGGCGGGUCUCGCCUUGACUCGAGGGCUGGCAGGUGAGGCUCGGACUCCAGGACCCUUCACUGCCUCUGUCGGGCUGGUGGUUUGAUGCUGCAAAAAUUGCUCCCAAAGCCGGGAAACCUGUCUUCAGGCCUCUGAAGCUAGGUUUGUGCAGACUUCCCACCUGAGACUAAAGACGCAGGCUGGGCGGAGCUGGCCACCGGGCGUCUUGGGAGAGGCCUGGCAGGGCCGCUCUGGGAGAAGGGCCGGAACCGCACGUGGCUGGACCGGAACCCGCACACGUGCCCGGCUCUGUGCCGGUGAGCGUUCUGUCCUGGGGCGCGGGAGGCUGCGGGCGGGGCCGGCCCCCCGGGCGGCGGUCCGUUCCUCCUCCUCCCCCUGGGGCUCGCGGCCCCUUGUCCUCCAGGGUUGGAGUGGCCGUGUGAGCAACGGGGCGCGUGGGGGGUGGGGAGAGGCCCCUGAGGCCGCGUCCCUGACGGGUAC